AAGGCCGAUUACAUAGUUGCAAUUGAAAACAAGCCUGAUAGUGACUCAUUCUCUGUAAAUAAGGAACAAGUGAACAAACUGCUGAGUGUUGUUGAAAAUAUGUCAAGCAAGUACAAGGAAUCCGAUCUGUCCCGAAAGUGUCAAAUCAUUCAAGGGCCAGGACUGAACAUUGCCAUUGUUGGUAAAACUGGGGUAGGGAAAAGCCAUACAGGAAAUACCAUUACUGGAUGUGAUCAUGAUUUUGAAGUAGCAGACAUAGCAUCAUCUAAAACAACAGUAUGUGAGAUUGGCUAUAGAGAGAAAAAAGACAGAAAGAUAGCUGUUUUAGAUACACCAGGGGUGUUUUCCACUGAAGACCAUAACUUGGAGAAGAUGACUCAAGAGUUGUGUAAAAUUGUGACUCUAUUUGGUAAAGAGGGUCUCCAUGCACUUGUGGUUGUUAUAAGUAGCAGAGUCAGAUUCACAGAGUCUGAAACCAAAGCAAUCAACAUUUUUCAAAACUUGUUUGGCAGCACCUUCGUAAACUAUGCCAUUAUCGUGGUUACAGGAAAGGACAAUCUAAGAGGAAUAAGCGAAAGUGAGUUCCUAUCAGCUCCAGAGAGUUUGACAACAAUCUUGGAACAGUGUGGGAACAGAUCUGUCUUCUUUGACAAUACAACAAGGGAUGAGACACUUAAAAGACAGCAGCUGGUCAAGCUUAUCGACAUGAUUGAUGAAAGAGUGAAAGAAAAUGGGGGUCCAUACACUGAUAAACUCUUCCAAGAUGGGAAAAGAUACAUGGAGGAAAUCCUUGAAGGAAUAAAAAGGCAAAAGCCUACUUGGUCUCUGAUAGAACAACAGCUAGAAGCCAAGCGAAGAGCAGCAAAAAUGGACCACUCAAAAGCACCUAUGUACAAGAAAAUCUGGGACAUCAUAUAUAGAUAUCUGUGGACGGCUUAG